AUGCAAGAGAAUAAUGUCACCCUCAUCUCAGAUGUCAUCCUUCUGGGUUUCCAAAAUCUCCAAAACUUCAAAUCCCUAUUUUUUUCUACAUUUUUCUUGAUUUACUUUACAACCAUGUGUGGAAAUGUCUUGAUCAUCCUCCUGGUGUCUUCUAGCAAGAACCUCCAUUCUCCCAUGUACUUCUUCCUUACACAUCUCUCCUUAGCUGACAUCCUGCUGAGCACAGACAUUGCCCCACAAAUGCUCUCCACAGUUCUAAGGGGGCCGAUCACAAUAUCUUUUACAAGUUGCAUCUCACAGUUUUACUUUUUUGCAGUUUCUGAAUGUUCAGAGUGUCUGCUCCUCAGCGUGAUGUCUUAUGACCGAUUUUCAGCUAUUUGCAACCCGUUGCAUUAUAACAUUGUUAUGAACAGUGCAUUUUGUGUCAAGUUGGCGACCAUGUCUUGGCUGUUGAGUUUCUUGAUCAUACUGAUUGACACAACGACGAUAGCUCUUCUACAGUUUUGUGGGCCCAACGUCAUUGACCAUUUCUUUUGUGAUUAUCCCCUCAUAUUGGAGCUUUCUUGCUCAGAUGUCUUUGUAGUUCAGCUAGAAGUAAUUUUUCUGAGUUUUCCGGUGCUUUUUGUUCCAUUUGCAAUAAUUUUGGUGUCUUAUAUUUGUAUUCUACGAGUAAUUUUUAAAAUCUCAUCGAUCACUGGGAAACAUAAAGCCUUCUCCACCUGUAGCUCUCACCUCACUACUGUAUCAGUCUUUUAUAUAACUUUGUUUUGUAUUUAUGUCCUUUCAACUGGACAGGAAUCGUCCACAAGUAAACUCUUAUCUUUGUUUUACACAGUGGGGACCCCAUUGAUAAACCCAAUUAUAUACAGUCUGAGGAACAAAGACAUAAAAGAAGCCUUUAGAAAACGUAUGAAUCGGGCAUGGCCUCCAUGCAAGACAAGAUAG